AUAUACUAGUCAGUUACAGUAGUUGUCUCGAUAAAAAGUAUUUGUGUACUUAUUUUACAAUUAAAUCUUAACUAGCUAAUAACUUAUCAAUUAUACUUCCAUUUUAAAAGGCUGUUGUCAUUGAAAUGUUACAUUAAUAUUUUAUAAGUACAUAUUAUCAAAGUCUCUUUGUUCGUCUUGUGAGAAGAUUGCGACGUUGCCGCUCUUAUCAAGUGAAACUUUACGUCAAUAGAAAACUUAAAUUUCCUUUGAUUUUUUCUUUUACAAUCAUAUACGUGAACAUUUUAUAAGGAUAUAAACAAUAAGUUAUGUACAAGUUGUUUGAAAUGUGUGAUUGUGAACAAUAUUCAUUGUCUGACGCAAUAACGGUUUGGCAACAGCGCGCGGAAUUGGACUGAACUCGAUCGCCCAAAUGUAUUAGAAAACUAAUUAGAGUUUUUCAAAUUCACAUCUCUUAUCCUUUUAUGAGGUAUUAGGCCUCCGCGCCCGGUCGCACAAAUCGACGGGACGACGAGCCUUGGGGGGAUCGGCGCUGGCAAUACGCUUGCUGCUUGCUCUGAUAUCUGCUUAGGUGCCGAUUCACCCUCUGCUCGCACCAAAGCCCGAUAAUGUUGAGAUCGGGCGCGGGUCACCCGGAUGCUGAAGCUGGCGCGUCGACGUCGUCGGGCCGUGCCGACAUAAGGCAUCUAUACACCACGCUCAACGAAUACCUACAGUUGGAGACGAAGUUUCAGCCGAGACUCUGUCUGCCGACUGACGGCGAGAAUGGUGAAGUUACAACUGGAGCACGAGACGGCGCUGCGCACGUGCUCCGCUGUCUGAAAGUGUGGUUCGACCUGCCGGCGGACAUUCUCAUCAGCGCUAUCAACCUCUUCGAUCGUUUUCUGACGAAAAUGAAAGUGCGCCCGUGCCACGUGCCCUGCAUCACCGUGUCCUGCAUGAACAUCGCAAUAGACGAGUACGCCGAUACGAAGAAGCAGCCGCGCAACGUGACCGUCGAGGAGUUAGUGUCGGUGUCGCAGUCGGCGUGCACGGCGGGCGACGUGGCGCGCAUGUCGCGCGUGAUCGCGGACAAGCUGGCGGUGGCCGAGCGCUGCGCGGUGAGCGCGCUGCACUGGGCGCGCCUGCUGCGGGCGCUCGUCGUCGCCGCCGCCGAGUCGCUGGCGCUCCCGCACUGCUCGCUGCCGGAAAGCGAGCUGAUCAACCUGUUGGAGAUAGCAGUGUGCGACGCUGAGUGUGUCAACGCUCGUACCAGCGAACUGGCGCUUGUUCUAGUUUACCAUCAACUAGAGAAACAUCUCGUGGAGUACAGUCGUAAAGCAACGGAGGGCGGAGCUCCGUUACCGGACGACGCGUACUAUCUCUACGAGUUCGCGGCGCAGUUGCAAGCUCACUGCAACAUGUCCGACGCGUCUCUGCUCAGCACGCGCACCCACGUGCGCGCCGUGCUCGCGCGCUACGAGGCGAGACAGGCGGCGCCGCACCGCCAGCGCCUCGUGUGGAGGCUCUCCGAGCGCACGCUCAAGGUACUUCGUCCAACCGAUCGCUUGACGUCUCUACUGCCGACGAUCGAGGAGCAACACUUCGCUGUCGACGUAACUCCGAAACGCACCAGGAAGCGAAAGCAGCGAAAACGAAGAGACCUCGGACUGGCCGCGGAGCCCCGUCUUACCCGUCUACUGCGACAACUGAAACAUAAACAAUAGCAAUUAACCGCGAAGGCUGAACUAUCGCUACCUUUGUUCGGUGAGAAGAAAAAGUAAAAUAACAAAAAGUAGAAAUAACGGUGUGAAAGCUGAAUAACCUGCUACUUUUGCCUGGUGAGAAGAAAAAUUAGGUAGAAAAAUUAAGAUCAUUAACUACUGAACAUCUAUCGACCGUCGCAAGCAAUGAAGAAAUAUAAUACUGCGGAGGAAAACACGACUACUUAUUGUUCAGAACUCAGGAAAACAGUAGAAAAACCGGAAAACGGAAGCCAUAAUAUCAUUAUCAUUAAGUACAAUGGCUGUAUGAUAUAGGAUCCUUGCUUUAAAAUAAAUAAAAAAAAAAACAAAAACAACGGUAGCUAUUCAUAAUUUCAC